AUGGAUUCUGAACCUGGAUUUAUAUGGGCACUGGUUCAGUCGUUGUCCUUGGAAAACGCUGACAUUUUCAGAGGACAACGAUUCGGAAUAAAUCUUCCACUGAAUUUAGACUCCCGGAGCAGUAUGAGUGUUGAGUCCAGCAGUUCUGGCAGUGGAGUCGAUAGGACGAUGUAUAGAAUGCCGUUGUUACAGAUGUAGACUUGCUACAAGUCGACCUCUUGGCGAGCGGAGCGAGCCUUUUUUGGCCGCAAAGCGGCCGACCGCGAGCGACGAAGGAUUCGACGAAGGACUUUUUGAAAGUCUAUUACAGAUGCAAUCUUUGGCUGACCACUCUACACAUCUGCGAGCAACCUGCCACUGUCCCACCCGCGGCCUUAAAAAACAGAUUACGCGGCGCGCGCCAAGCUAA